AUUAACUCGAAAUAGUCAUUUUAGCAUUCACAUGUAUUAAUAGUAUUAUUCAAUUAUAAAUUGAAGGGAAUGUUAAACAAUAAUUGAUAUUUAUUUAACAUGUAUCACAUGGAAACUAACAUUAAUUACAGAAGUAAUUUGAGGUAGGUUCAGAGCUAAUUAUAUCUAAUAGCAAGAAAUAACAGAUCGAUUUCUUUAUCAUUAUGUUUUCUCUCUUUUUAAAGUUUAGGAUAAAUUUUAAUUAUAUUAUUUAUCUUAAUUUCUAUGCUGUAUCUUUAUAAUAUUUUAUGCUACAAAUUAAUUAAAUUAGUGUGUGUUUUAAUACAUGAUGCAAUCAAAGAAGAUGUCUUUAAGAAAGGAGGUACUUCAAUGAAAUAAAGGGUUUGAUUGUAGGUUAAGUUAGACGGUUUGUUAAGCUGAGUUGAAGAAAAGUGGAUCCUAAAUGAAGGAUUUUUAAGGGUCAAUUUUAGGGAGUAUAUAUUGUUGUUAAAAUAUUUUUGUAAAG